AUGGCUCUCUCUGAGCCCGCUGCUGUGGUGAGAAUUGUCAUCCACUGUGCACACGCUCCAUGUCUGGACCCUCUGCGUACACACCUCAGCCAGUCUUCACAACAACCCCAAAGGCCGGGGCCCUCUGGUCUCUCGUGCUCCCACAAGGACGCCACCAAAAGCAGGGCAGCAAGUGCUUCCACCUUCUGGGAGACGGAGCCACACAAGGAAAGUACACAAAGGAAGGAAAUCUUCGCUGCUGUAACAGUCUGGGAGUCUCGGCGGCCCAGCAGUCCAGCCCAGCCAGGAAGCACCCCUCCCGCCGCCCUCGGGUCGGAGGCAAACACUUCUGAAGACAGGAAGGGAAGAGGUGAGGUGAGCAUCAAAGCAGCUGUGGAAUUUGGGGGCCUGUUGAGUGAGGGGGUCCUUGCCAUUUGCCUGCUGACGGUGACUUCCGAGCCCCCAAAUUGUGAACAGACCCGCUGUGGGGUGGGGGUAGGUGGAGGUGGGGCUGGGCUGGCAGGGCGCCCGACUCCACAAUGCAUCGCAUUACCCGGUGGCCGGAAUUCCUGCAGGACGCUUUGUUCUCGGACGGCAGCCCUGCUAGGGCCAUCAGACCCGGGCCAGGGUCUGGGUGGCAGGCCAGAACAAGGCCCCAGGAAGCCCUCAGCCGGCCAGAGGCUGGGCACUGACACACGGAGCCUGCCCACCCACCUCCAGGCACCCUCCACCCACCAGCGCCACCACCCCUCCUGCGCCCCCCACCCUGGUGCUGCCUGGAAACUGGGCCCCGUCCAGCUGCACAGGCCGUGUAGCUCCAGCUGGUGGGCUCCACUGCGGCCACCCCAGCUUCCUGCAGCCGCGCCCACUGCCUUCAGCGGAGACCACCCGUCCUGUGUCCCUGUCCCAGCCAAGUCCCCGCCACAGCUACAGCAACCUGCUGGCAGCACGCUGGGCACAGUCCCUGGAUGAUUCACAGUGGGAAUUCUGCAGACCUGCCCUGGUCUCCAGCAUGCUGUGUGACACCAGGAAAGCAACUUAACCUCUCUGUGCCUCUGUUUCCUCUGCUUUACUGAGGCCUCAGGCCCCAUGAGCAGACAAACAUUCAACAUCAGGGGACUGACUCAGAACCACGCUACCAAAACAGUCUGGAGGAAAGUCCAGCUUUCAGUACCGAGUUUCGAUGUUACUUUGAUUUGCUGGAAUUUUUUGUAAACACACACACACACACAGCACUCAGCCUGUGCUGGGCCCUGCUCUAGGCACCACACGUAUCACCACCAAACAGAGGAGGAGGCAGAAGCCCAGUGGGUGGACAAGCUGCCCAGAGCCAGAAGGUUGCAGACCUGGGCUUCAACGCUGGCUCCUGAUCACCGCUCCACACGCCUGGGGUCGUCGGGACGCCAGGACCCUAAGCUGACCCCGCCCCUGCCCACCUCAAAGGCGCCCAGAUGGUGCCCAGGAGCCCCCGACGGGGUCCUCAGGAAACAGGUGCUCUUGGAAUGCUUCCUGCCACCGGGCUGCGGCGGCGAGCGAGGCCACCACGUUCUGGAUCAGCGUCAGGCCAGGCCCAGCUGCAGCCCGCACAGCCGGGUGGAGCCCUGCGUGCCCAGCCUCGCCAGCCAGCGAGAGGAGCGUCCCUGGGCCGGGCCGGGCCGGGCUGGGGACAGGGUCACUGCUGGCAAGAAGUCUUCAAGCAUCUUUACUUGGAAAGCCAUCGCUGACCAUAGUCCCCAAGUGUCGUGCGGAUGUGUGGUCCCACCAGCUAUGAAUGGGCAGAAAUGUCUCCGACCCUCCUCCAGCCGUGGAGCCUUCUCCAUCUUUUCAUCCUUGCCCGUCUGACAGAGGAAAAUGGCCUCUCCUAGGGGGUGGGUUUCAAGCAGAAGGGAGGCAAAGUCCUGCCAGUAUCAGGAAGACCAUCGUGGGGGCUAAGCUGAUGAUACACUGGGGCACAGCCUGGAUUAUGUUCAGGCACAAACAAAAAUCUUGAUGACUUAAACAUAUAGGGAUUUCUUUUUCCUCACAUAAUGAGGAAUCCAGAAUGUUCAGUGGCUGAAGCCUGAGCUGAAGCUGCUGUGAUUCUCUUUCCUCAUGGUCACAAGAUGAUUGCUGUAGCUCCAGCCAAUAGACGCAUGUUCAAGGCAAGCAGAAGGAAAGACCAAGAGUUGGACCAGCUGAGCCCAUCUCUUUUUAUGAAAAAAAGAAAAGCUUUUCUCAAAGCCACCCCCAGCAGGUGUCCACUAAUACAUCAUGGGCCAAAACUGCCACCUCUGGCUACAGUGGAGUUUGUGAAGCAUUUGGCUGUCCAGCCACCACAACAGAAGGGCCAAAGGAGCAGAGGGCCAGGGAUGGAUGGCAGGGGGCUGACCAACCAUGUCUGCCACAUCUGGUGUGACACCCAGCUGCCUGCCAAUGACACAGUGGGUUGACCUGGGCCCUGCCCCACCCAAUGCCAGUGCGAGGAGCCUCCAGCCAUCCCCAGACUGCCGUGCUCGGUCCUGGAACCAGUGAGUGCUCAGCCCGAAAUGACACCAGGAGACUCUCCCUGCUCAGACGCCUCGCAAAUUGUCUCCAUGCUUCUGGUGAGGGUCACGGGGCAAUUCCUCAUCUGUCCCAGCGUGGGAGCCAGUCAGCCGGGCAUCAGGCCCCUAGACGGUCCAUCUGCCUUGGUCUCUGACACCCAAAGGGAGUCCAGCCCUGUGUCCAAGAGACCCACGGGCUCCCACCAGCCUUUCCCCAGCUCUCACUUUCCUUGUUAACAACAGGGAAAAUGGGGGCCGGUGUGGGGGGAGCUCAAUUUUUCUGUCAAUCUAAAACUGUCUUAAAAUAUGAAAAUGAAUAUAUAUAUGCAUAUGCAUGACUGGGACCUUGUGCUGUACACCAGAAACUCACAGAUUGUAAUUGACUGUACUUC